AUGCUGGAUUGCCAACGCCAGUUAUGUCAACGGUACCGCUGCCGGUUCGAUGUACAUUAUGGAUCAGGAAAGCUAUGCCGUUGGACUGCUUUCCAGGCUAAAGCCGCCUACAUCAAUGGUACUGUCUCGGGCUCUGCGCUGUUUGCUUCGCAGCUAGUCUAUAACAACAACACGCUGCUUGAAGCACAGUUCUGGGCCAGGGAGACUGAUGUGGAUAGCGUUUAUGGUUUGACCUGGACUUUGGAUGACAGCUCUCCCAAUGGAGAGUUCCCGGUCGUCGUCAAGGCCUCGGAGGACUCGUGA